AGCACCUAGUGUGUCUGCAUACUUUCAUCUGUUAAUUCAAAUAUUUGGGGAGCAAAACUGCAAACACUCGUCCUUUUGAGUGUUGGAAUCUCCAGACACUGUGCUGUAUUGAUCUCUAUUCAGCUGAGAGUGGAUCUACGUGAGACCUCAUCCGGGCCUGGUCGGACAUCAAUCUACUGCUCUGCUCCUGGGCCAUGGUACAUCACAUAGAAGCUGAAAUAUGAGCAUCUCUCCAACCACCACCCUGGACAGCCAGCUGACCACAACCUGGGGCUCAACUAACUCCUACUCUGAUGUGCCGGUGGUGAUGUCGGGUUACACAAGUCGCCUGUGGCCUCAUGACUCCCACCCUCAAUUCUGGACUAAAUACCAGGUGUGGGAGUGGCUGCAGCAAGUCAUGGACAUGUACCAGAUCGAUGCCUCCACCAUUCCUUUUCAAAACUUUGACAUUGACGGCCAUCAACUCUGCAGCCUGAGCUACCAGGACUUCAUCCGUGCUGCUGGCAGCAUGGGACCCACUCUCUUCCACAGCAUCACAGAGCUCAAGUGGAGCGGACAAUACCAUGUGGAAUUCGGGCAACUGGAACUCAAACAAGAGUUAGAUUUCUCCUGUCCAUUUCCAGAUGUCAGCUAUCCUCCUGGAGAAAUCUACGAUUCCGGCCUUCACCCCCUCGCACCUGUUGCCUCUCCCACUCCCUCUAGUCCCGAUAUAAAACGAUCUUACAGUCGUACUCAUCAGGUCAAAAAGCAUAACCCAAGGGGGACCCACUUGUGGGAGUUCAUUAGGGACAUUCUACUAAACCCAGAACGAAACCCGGGGCUCAUCAAAUGGGAGGAUCGCACGGAGGGUGUUUUCCGUUUUCUGAAGUCCGAGGCAGUCGCACAAUUAUGGGGCAAGAAGAAGAAUAACAGCAGCAUGACCUAUGAGAAACUAAGUCGGGCAAUGAGAUAUUACUACAAAAGGGAAAUCCUAGAACGAGUAGAUGGUCGCAGGCUGGUUUACAAGUUUGGAAGGAAUGCAAGAGGAUGGAGGGAGUCAGAGAAGUGACACUUUCAUUCAUUUAUGUUUUACUUGAUUUUUUUGUUUGCAAAUGUAAUAUUUUAUACUUUUAAACUGACUGUUUUUCAAUGUUUGAACUGUUUACACAUCGUUGAUACUUGUGCGUUUGCCUCACUCUCUUUUCUUUUAACUUCAUCCCUAUGUUGUGACGUUGCACUGAAAUAUUUUUUUUUGUUUUAAUUAUUAUUAUUGUGCUUUAAUAUAAUAAAGAAACUGUUUGUAACACUAGCCUGUCAAUGCUUACACACACGUGAGUGCACGUUGAUGCAACAUUCAAACAUGUGGGAGAAAGACUUGUACGUGAGCAGUCCUUUGGGACGCAUGCUCGAUCAGUAUAUGUGCCAUAAACACGUGGAUGAUUUUGUAUGUUACAUUUAUUUUGCUGCAUGUUUGGAAAUGGAAACAUGGAAAUGUUUGGUGAUGUUUGAUACGAAUAAAGCUUGUGAUUAUUUUUAGCCAUUUUCAGACAAACAAGUUUACAGCUGUUUGUGUAAACUUUGGGUUUUGUCCUGAUUCCUGGGACUUUAAAGGUCCAGGGUGUAAAAUGUAUGUGAAUUUAUUUUUUUCAUUUGGCAGAAAUUGAAGAUAAAAUAAUUAUUUAAAAACGUUUUUUAUAUAUACACACAUACACAUAUAUACUGUAGUGUAAUCACCUUAUUGGAUGAAUGAGGUUUUUUAUAUUUAUUUUAGGGGCUGGCUCUACAGAGGCCGCCAAUUUGUUUUGUUGCUAACUGAAGGUAACAUAGUUUCUCCAACACACACAAGGAAGGGAAAUAUAUCAGCAUUUUAGCUUCAAUCUACAACCUAAAAUCAAUAUUUACUGCCAACAGAGUGUGACUUGAAUCUGCAGCUGUAAUCCAACUAAAUCACAGGCACAUAAAGUUAGUGCCAAUCAUUUUUAAUCAUGACAGUGUGAAAUGCCACACAGUUAACUGUAUGUGCCAUAGCUGUCAAGCAGGUUCCAUACAAGCAGGAGUUGAAUGACUUGGUCUUGAUGGCCAACAAGUUUAAAGCAACAUAAACUAACUAUAUCUUCUCUUUGACCUGAGUUCGUAAGCAAAUCUGUGUCUGAUGAUCUUUCAAGCUGAUGUGUCCGAUUUUACAUAGUGUGACAUCACUUUACGUUAUCUUUCCCGAUGGCUUCCACGUUAACUGAUUGCGUGAUUCCACAUCUUGUCACGGCUUUUGUCACUCUGCUCUCACACGCACGUAAAGUAAAUGUCACAACCCACACAACACUGUCACGUUUGGAGCUAAAGGAAAAUAAAUCAUGUUUUAAUUAGAUAUGAGAUGUCAAUCAUGUUGCCCUGUGAUGGAUUGGCAACCUUUCCAGGGUGUACCCCACCUUUUGCCCUAUGUCAGCUGGGAUUGGCACCAGCAACCCUCAAGCGAUAGAAGAUGAAUGAAUGAAUGAUGUCAAUCAUUCUAUUUGAGUUACUGAGAACUUCUGUCAUGUGACAGGACAUCGUCCAUGAUCAGAGGAAUCGGCUGUUCUUGUGUAUGUUAUUGAUGAAUAGAUAAAAUGAACAGUGUGUGCAUUGUCAGCUCUUGUUAUUUAUUCUCUCGGGGAUAAUAGCUACUGAUUCCAAUGCUACGUGAACCAAACAAGAAUUGCAAUUCAAUUUUCCCAUGUUUGUGUGUUUGAGAUCCUGUGUUGUUACAUUGUGCUGUCACACUUUUGCUCUAGAUCAGCACUUAAUAAACUCAAUAAAACGCUGUGAGAAAUGUCCAA